AUGCGAUCCACGGUCAACAACCUGCCAUGCCGUCUACGCAUGACAGCACUCGCUCGCUACGCCUCGACGACCUCAAAGGCAGCAGGUCGUGUAGUAGUCAUCACGUCGGGCAAAGGCGGUGUGGGCAAGACCACGGUCACGGCUUCCAUGGGCUACGGGUUGGCACAACGUGGCUUUCGGACGUGUCUGAUUGAUUUUGACAUUGGACUGCGCAACUUAGACUUGCAUCUGGGCUGCGAACGGCGGGUCAUUUUUGACUUUAUUCACGUGAUUGAGAAAAAUUGUCGGCUGAGUCAAGCGCUGAUUAAAGACAAGCGACUGGAUCGACUGUCGCUUUUAGCCGCCAGCCAAACUCGGGACAAGGAAGCAUUGACGGAAAAAGGCGUGGAACUCGUUCUCGACGAGCUCAAGUCACAGUUUGACUUUAUUCUAUGUGACUCACCCGCUGGCAUUGAGUCGGGGGCUCGUCACGCCAUGUACUUUGCCGACGAUGCACUUGUGGUCACGAAUCCCGAGAUCUCUAGUUGUCGCGACUCGGACAAGAUGAUCGGCUUCAUUGCAAGUCAUGCACGUCGGGCUCAAGAAGGUCGCGAACCUGUUACUCAGCGACUGCUGGUCAAUCGAUACGAUGCCAAUCGUGUCAAAAACGACGACUGCCUUUCGGUGGACGACAUUGAAGAAAUGCUGGGGUUGCCAGUGUGCGGAGUCAUUCCGGAGAGUGCGCACGUGCUCACGUCGUCGAAUAUGGGCCAGCCGGUGAUUACUGUCGAAGGAGAAAAGGCAGCAGUAGCGUUUGAGGACGCAGUGGCACGUUUCUUGGGCGAAGAGCGCGAGAUGAAGUUCUUGGAACCGGAAGCACCCAAGGGGCUAUUCCGUCGGAUCUUCUCCUAG